GCCGGGGCUAUUUUUAGCAGCCUGCCUUCUAAAAAUAGCCGCGAGCUGUUGGCGGUUGCGUCAGGAGAGGUACCUCUCCUCCGCGCGCCGCCUUGGCCCCUGCGCCCCGGGAGGCUACAAAAGGAGGCCGGGAGCAGCGGGGGUCAGCGGGUUCAGAGGCAGCCGCAGGCGGAGGAGGCGAGAGGCGCUCUGCCAGCUCCGGGCGUGCCGUGCCGGCACCAUGACCGUCUUCUGCAGCCACUGCCACAGGCCGCUGCAGGCAGAGGCGAGCUGCCUGCCCAGGAGGGCCGGGUCGGCGCCCGGCGUCUCCAAGCCGUUCAGGUGAGCCGCCCCUCGCCCGCGGGGCUGCAGGCCGGGCAGCGUGCAAUUCCCUCAGCCUGCCGUUGUGCCGGAGCAGGGGAUGCUGUCCCUCCCCCCCCCUCCCCGGACAGGGCUCCCCAAAGAGCUGGCUUUGCAGGUCGACCAAGAGCGCCUCGAAGGCUCGCCGGGACCAGAUCAACGCGGAGCUGCAGGCGCUGCGCUCCCUGCUGCCCAUCUCGGCGCGGGAGAAGGAGCGCCUCUCCUACCUCCACACCAUGGCCCUGGUGUGCCUCCGGCUCCGGGGCGCUCACCUCUUCCCUCCAGGUACCCGCGGGCACCGCUGUACCUGCCCGGUGCCUCGCCAGCACGGCUCUGCACGGGGCGCUGCUCCUGGAGGCGCCUCACGCUGUGCUCCCCCUGCAGACUCGGCUCCCCCAGCGGGACCGGUGCUCGGUGCAGAGCUGCUCUCCCUGCUGCCGGGGUUUCUGCUGGUGCUCUCGGCCGGCGGCAAGCUGGUCUACAUCUCCGAGAACGUCUCCCAGGUCCUGGGCCUCUCCAUGGUGGAGCUUCUCGCCCAGGGGGACACAGUCUUCGACAUCUUGGAUGGGCGAGCGCGGGAGGACGUGUGCAAGAAGCUCCUCCUGGCGCAGGAGCAGCCAGGCAGGGGUAAGGCUGGGAGAACGGGAGGCUGCUGGGGUGGGGUCUCACAGGUGCUGGGCUCUUUGUGGCUGCCUGGAAGGGGAGCGGGGCUGGAAGGGGAGCCCCUGACCCACCCCGGCAGGUUUGCUUCUCUGCAGAAGUCACGUUUGUCAGCGAGAUGUGCACAUCCAAGGCCUUCCGGCUGCAGCACGGGGGUAACCGGGCCGUGGCAGUGCGCGGGCGCUUCCUGGCCCCAUGCUGGCCGGCCUCCCCCACUGCAGCCUUCCUGGCCCUCUGCACUCCGGUCCCACGGCUGGCUGCCGAGGGCGAUGCUGGCUCUCAGGACGACCUGUUCCACAGCACGCAUGCUCUGGACAUGACGUUUACCGAUGUCACGGAGAGGUGAGGGGUGCCCGCUCACACCGCAGCCCCAGCCGGCUGUCCAGGACAGCCAGGAUGGCUUCACUUCGCUAAGCCCGGGUGCAGGACGCAGUCCGGACCCCACUCCUCUUGUCCUCCCCAGUGUCAUCUACCACCUCGGCUACCACAGGGAGGAGCUGAUCGGUCAGUCGUGGUACAGCCUCCUGCACCCCGAGGACACUGACCUCGCAGCUGCCCAGCACAGGGCUGUGGGUGAGUGUCAGGCCUGGAACUGUCCGUGUCCUCCUCUACCCUGGUCUGGCUACGCCCAAGAC